ACUAUUUACACGUCGCGGAGAAGUUUGUCCUUACAGAGUUGCCGUAGCUGAGAAAAAAAUGUCAUAUCUUGGGAAAAUAGCAACGGUGGUGCUGCCCGUGGCAGGGCCUGGGUCCCUUGGCCUGAUGUCUGCCACUGUUUUUGCAGCAAGCAAGGCCAAAGAAAAUACCACCACCCUGAUGACGGAUGAGCUUUCUCUGUAUGACACUCCUGAGUCCCAGCUGAGGUACGAGGAGCCUGAGGUCGGUCAUGUUGAGCAGGCUGUAUCAUCUCUGAGGAAGACAGUAGAGCCUUUUGUUUCAUGGUGCCAGGAUAAGACACAGUUUGCCAUGGAGAAAGUACAGUCUUACUACAAAACCGUUGAGCCUGGUGUGAAUACCACUCAAAAUAUUGUAAAAGACAUGUAUGCGUUUUUGAACGACCCUCCGUCUGAGUUCUUCCCCAGUGUGGGUGUUAUAGGAUUCUCUGGAAUUCUUGGACUUUAUUUAGCAAAAGGCAGCAGAAUCAAGAGGCUGCUGUUCCCCACUGGGCUGAUGGUUCUGAGCACUUCCAUGUUCUACCCACAGCAUGCGGCCUCUGUUGCCAGGACCACAAAACACUACAUAUUUUCCUGGGGUUCAGAAGGGCGGGUUGUUUUGGAGGAACUGCUGAGAGGGAAAACAUCAUCCAAGCAAAAAGUUGAAAAAACACAGAAAACAGACAGCCAGAAAUCAAGUUGAGACAAAGGAGUAAGUUUUACGAGGAGUUCCCGCUUUGCACCUGGAUUCUGUUCUCUUAUCAAUGUACUGAUCAGUUUAGUGGUAUUUGCUAUAUUAUUGUUGGUCAUGUUUACUGGCAUGCAUAUUUGACUGUGUUUUUUGUGCACUAUAUCAUUUACUUUUGUACAUAAAUGCAGCAGUAACCAUUUGGACCAACCCGGGAAAAAAAGAAAAAAAACUUUUUGUGAAACUUGCACUGUGAAAUUUCCAAACAUUUUAACAAGUCAGUUACUUACUGAUGGUUCCUAUCGUAUUUCCACCGGUGGUGUUGUUGCAUUCUCUAGAACCUUCCCGUGCCACUAUACAAAGAUCAAAUUUCAAACUUGCAUUAAGUUUUCAUAAUCUUCACAAACUUAUGAUUUCACAAACCACAUUGAUAAGAGUCUGCUUUUUUACCCUUUUACCACUUUGAUUAGAAGGAAAGCUUGAAGGUGUUAACUUGUGCAAAAAAAUAAUUACACAACAUCACUUUUUCUUUUCCUUGUUUAGACUUUUAAUGCAUUAAAUUGGAUACAAAUAAAAGACUAUUGAUAAGCUAAUCUGACAUACAAACUACAGAAUAUGAUUGAAAUUUAAGAAUGAAUACAAGCACUACUGUAACUUAAUCUCAGAGUAAACUGCUCUAUAUUAAUAUGAUGAAUACCCACAGAGUAUUUAAAAGUAUUUUGUGUAAGCAUUAAAGUAUUACUUAAACUGAGAAAUGGCUGUGAGCCAUCCCUAGUUCCUCUUUGAACACUGGAACUUCGGGCCAGCUCACUCUUCGGCAGACAAUUUCAGGAGAUUCUCCUUAUCGAUCCUGAAAAGUCGCCAGCCCUCCUGCAGCGAGAGGUCGGAAGCCCCGCGUCGCUUGUAAAAGUCGAUGGAUGCCUUGUUGGACUCAGCCACGAUGAAAUGCAUACUGCUGCACCGAUUCUUCACCGCUGUCUGCAGGUGGAAACAGAACAGUCUAUGGUUGCAUUUCGACGUGUAAUGCAUAAAAUCGAUAAUGACGUAAAAGACUUCCAUUUCUGUGGUCUAUUUUGAGUUUUCAAAUUUUUCAUUUUGUGUCAGCAGUAACAUGGUUUUGUAUCCAUUUUUGUCUUUUGUGAUGCAAACUGUAUUUGCAACAAAUGUAAACAGGAUGACUUACAUCACUGAGGGUUUUCAAGAUUUCCGACCCAAUUCCAAAACCUGUGAAGCAUGUAAUGGUCAAUGGAAUUUAGGAAGCAUCUAGUUUCAUAAAAGACACCUUAAUAACACACCCUUACCUCUGUACUCAUUCAUUACAUAAAAAUCUUCAAGGUAAAGCAAUUUGCCAAUCCAAGGGUCAUAGGUGAAGUAGUACAUGGCAAAUCCAAUCACAGAAUAACCUGUAAGUGAACACUGGUGUCUUACACAAUUGCAUUACGUGCUUGUGCAUGAAAGUAAGAAUAUUAAAAGUAAAUAACAUUAAAAACGUUCAACAUCA